AUGGCCUCCUCCGCCCCAGUUACAGAAUUCAUAACCUUCACCUUCAAAAACCACGACACCUCGCCCCCCUCCCAACCGCCCGCAGCCUGGUCCGACGUAACCUCGACCCUCAAAUCCGUCCCCGGCGUAAACGCCCUCUACACGGGCACCCAGCUCGAGGACCCAUCCAAAACAGUCCUGGUCAUCGAGUGGGCCUCCCCGGACGCCUUCUCCGCCUUUGCCUCGUCCGAGGCCUACAUGCCCUGGUUCGCCUCCCUCAAAGCCGUCGUCGCCGCCUCCUCGCCCGUCUUCUACAAGGUCCCCCUUCUCUCCGCGAACCAGGACCCGCCGUCCGUUGUCCUCCGCGCGCCGUGCACAGAGGUCUUUGUAGCGUACGGCGUAGAACCCGACUUCGCGGGCCAGACGGCCGUGUUUGCCAAAGCGUUGGUGGAGGGGCGGGCGAGCGUCGCCGGGUAUCACGGGCACGCGUACGGCGAGAUCUCGACGCCCCUUGCCGUGGACGCCGCCUCCGGAGGCGGGGACGGGGAGAAGGGCCCUGCUGUGACGCUCUUGUUGGGAUGGGAUAGUAAGCAGGCUCACCUCGACGCCAAAGCCAAGGCUGGACCCAUAUCUGAUAACAUUCACUUGCUGAGAUCAGGCCGCAAGGACAUUUCCAUGUAUCACGUAAAUCUGAAGCAAAUCUGA